AGCUCCGCCGGGGCGGAGCCACACACCACCAGCCUCCCCUUUUUACACUGUUUUCUCCGCUCACACUGGGGGAAAAAAACGGACAUAAUCUCAGUUUGGGUUCGAUGUUAGCAGCAAAAAAGACGAUAUUUGUGGAUAUUUUUGACGGAUUAAAAUGAGGUUGAGACCGAGGAGAACCGUGGAGGCUUUAGCCGAGUCGCCGCCGACCGUCUACCGCCGCCGGCUGCGCAACAAAGCGACGCCGCGGCGGACCCGGGUCUCCGCCGCGACCGAGAGCCCCACACACUGGCUGGUGGACUCGGACAGCUCCGGGGACUCGCCAGAUGAGGUGCCCACUCUGAGGAGGAGAGUCCCACCCCGAGGACGCCAGAGGAAGAGGCACAUCCCAGUGGAGGACCACGACAGAGACCUGACGUUUAAGACUCCCUUCCGCUCCAUCAUCCGUCAGGAGCGUGUGCUGUCCGAGAUCGACCCGGUGACGCCCCGCAACACCACGGCCCGCAACAUCUACUCCCCCAUCGUGCGCUUCCUCACGCCCAGCAAAGAGAAUAUGACAUGUCACGGUGCAGCUCCUCACGUCCUGAUGAGUCCGGAGCAGGGCGUGUUCGGGUACGGAUCCAUGGAGCUGCUGGCGGGAGACGAGGACGACGACGUGUUCAGCCCCUUCACCUUCGUCAAAAACAUCCCGUCUCUGUCGGAGCACGCCCAGCCCCAACUCCGAGACAUCCCCCCGAAAACCAGGAGCACCCCCGAAGCCACGCUGGUGCUCGACCUGGAGGAGACUCUGAUGUACAGCUCUCUGACACCGAUCGAAGACGCAGAGUACUCCUUCACCACCGUGUUCCAGGACCACCAGUACAAGGUGUACAUGGUGCUGCGUCCGUUUGUCAAAGAGUUUCUACAGGAAGUGUCCAAAAACUACGAGCUAUUUAUUUACACGUGCGCUAAAAGAGAAUACGCCGAGAACAUCCUGGACGUCCUGGACCCUCACAGGAAACUCUUCAGGCACCGUCUGUACCAGGACGACUGCUCCUGUGUGCUGGGACACUACAUCAAGGACCUGACCAUCCUGGGACGAGACCUGUCCAAGACCGUGGUGCUGGACAACGCCCCCCACACCUACCCCCACCACCUGAUGAACACCAUUCCCAUUAAGAGCUGGAGCGGAGAGCCCGAGGACCGCGAGCUGCACCGGCUCAUCCCCUACAUGGACAAACUGUGCUCUGCUGAGGACUUCCGGGAGGUGCUGAAGAAGAGGAAGGACCACUUCCACAGACUGCUGUCCGAGGACUAGCUCCGCCCCCUCGUGACCAGCCCCCCCUGGCCCCGCCCCCUUUGCCCACGCCCCCUCCUCGUCCCUCCACGUCCCUGCCUCCU